AAUAAAAGUGUAUGAGAGUAGAAGAAGACAAAAAAAAAUAUUUAACAGAAAAGUAUACACUACUUAAUGAAGAAUGUGUAAUAAUUCCUGAAUUUAUUAGUCAUUGUAUUAUAAAUAAAGUAUUUUAUACGCAUAGGGUAAUAAAUCAUGGCAAUAAACCAGGAAUAGAAAUAAAAGGGAGCACAGAAAAAAUAAAAAAAGAAAGAAAUAAAAUUAAUAAAAUUAUAAGAGAAGCAAAAAGAAUUUACACAAUAAGUAAUAAAUUGCAUAAUAUAUUACACAAUAAAUAA